UACUUGCGUCGUAUGUAGCGUUCAAGUUGCCUAACUGCGUAUUUUCUUUGUGCAAAAUGAAGUCAUAUGAGAUUUACAUGUUGCAUGAGGGAAAUUCAAAAGAAAAACAAGCGCUGACAAAUACUCGCCACGUGACACGAGCAUAAUUAGCAUAAUGGGCACGAAUAGUUGCAUUUCACGCGAUUGUGUUAUUGCCGGUUGAGAAAGUUAUAACGGUAUUAAAUAUAAAUUUAUGUCUUGUUUUGUCGCAUUGUCUUCACAUGUAUUCAAAAUGACGUCAUUAGAAUAGUGCAGUGGCGCGCAAAAAUUACACGAUCUUUGUGAAUACGAUACACGAGCAAACAGAUGGAAAUUUGAAGUGAAUCGAUAAAUAAAGUGCAAGUAAUACAAAGUUUGGAAGCUGACGAUUAUAAUACAAUCAUGGAUUUAUCAACAAUUGACAACAUUGAAAAUGAAUCCGAUGAAUUAUUCUCAGAUGACGAACAAAAAAGAGAGAUCAAAUGUGAUGCCCUUUUAAAUCGAUUUGAAACAGCAUGUGCUAAUACCAGCAUAAUAUCAAGUGAUGAUGUAAUUCCACAUACACCAUUGAGUUUGUUACCCCUUUUAAGUAAGAUACAUGAACAGUGGAGCAGUGAUUUUGAAACACCACAAGCUCAGUCACAUAUAAAAAAACUAUUAACAAGCACAACAGAAAAAACAGAAGAAACACCUAAACUUAAACAACAUACACCUGAUAUUUCAACAGUUAAAAGCAUAGACAAAAUUAUCUCUGAUUCUCCUGUUAUUGCAGGAGAAUCCAGAGCAUCACGAAGACGCUCCAAACGUCGUAUAUUUAGAGCUUCUAUAUCUAUAGAUCCGUUAGUUGCAACUAAGAAUGAAGAUAUUACUAUAAAUGUACCAAUAGAAACAUCUUCUAUUUCUGAAAAUUUUAAUUCUGCAGUACAGAAUAUUGUUACAAAUGUUACAAAAUCUAUUACAACUAUUGAUAAUUUUGAAGAUUGUGAAUUUAAAGUUCUGAAUAAAAUUGAAAACUCAUGUAAUAAUGAGGAAUUAGAAAAUCUUACAAACACUGCACCUGACAGUUUGGAUACAUCAACGCAAGAAUUUUUUAAAAAUGCCUCAUUCAGUAAUAUAGAUCAAAUAUGCUUUAACACUUUUGAUAAUCAAACAACAACAGUCCAGCCUAAUGUGCAUUAUAAUCAGAGAAUCAAAGAUAUUGAUAAAGAAAGAAAUAUUGAAGAGAAUAAAAAUAUAGGUUUCUUUACUGCUCAUGGUGCUUCAAUUAAUGUCUCAAAGCAGGCAGUAUUUAAAGCAAAAAGAUUGUUUGCAGAUGCCUUUGAUAUAGAAGAAACUCAAGCACAGAAUUAUGAAUCAUUCGCCAAAAGAAAUUCUAAUGAACAGAAAAAUAAGCAUUUAUCAUCCUUUUCAAUUGCUGAUACUGUUUCCAUAAAUACUACAAAAGAAAUAUUAUCCAAAUCAGAGCGACUAUUUACAGAACAUUUGAAAACUACUAGUGGUGCUUCCAUCUCGAAGAAAGCAUUGUCGAAAACAAAACUAUUAUUAGUAGAUGAAUCAGAAAAAGAUAAUGAUAAAUUAAUAAAAUAUUCUGAAAGAUCACUCACAGAUAAAAAUUUUAUGAAAUUAAACAACAUGAUUGUGCCAUUAUUUUCCACGGCUGGUGGUAAACCUAUUAAUAUCUCAGAAAAAUCACUAACCAAAGCAAAAAUGUUAUUAGCGGAUGAUUUAGAAAAAGAAAAUGAUAUAUUAAUGAAAUGUCCUGAGAAAUCACUUACAGAUGCAAGUUCUGUGAAACCAAACAAUAUAACUUUAUCAUUAUUUUCUACAGCUGGUGGUAAACCUAUCAGUAUCUCAGAAAAAUCACUAACCAAAGCAAAAAUGUUUUUAGCGGAUGAAUCAGAAAAAGAAAAUGAUAUAUUAAUAAAAUAUCCUGAGAAAUCAUUUACAGAUACAAAUUCUAUGAAACCAAACAAUGUGACUUUAUCAUUAUUUUCCACAGCUGGCGGUAAACCUAUCAAUAUCUCAGAAAAAUCACUGGCUAAAGCAAAAAUGUUAUUAGCAAGUGAAUCAGAAAAAGAAAAUGACAUAUUAAUAAAAUGUCCUGAGAAAUCAUUUACAGAUGAAAAUUCUAUGAAAUCAAACAACAUGACUUUACCAUUAUUUUCCACAGCUGGUGGUAAACCUAUCAGUAUCUCAGAAAAAUCACUAACCAAAGCAAAAAUGUUAUUAGAGGAUGAAUCAGAAAAAGAAAAUGAUAUAUUAAUAAAAUAUCCUGAGAAAUCAUUUACAGAUACAAAUUCUAUGAAACCAAACAAUGUGACUUUAUCAUUAUUUUCCACAGCUGGCGGUAAACCUAUCAAUAUCUCAGAAAAAUCACUGGCUAAAGCAAAAAUGUUAUUAGCAAGUGAAUCAGAAAAAGAAAAUGACAUAUUAAUAAAAUGUCCUGAGAAAUCAUUUACAGAUGAAAAUUCUAUGAAAUCAAACAACAUGACUUUACCAUUAUUUUCCACAGCUGGUGGUAAACCUAUCAGUAUCUCAGAAAAAUCACUAACCAAAGCAAAAAUGUUAUUAGAGGAUGAUUUAGAAAAAGAAAAUGAUAUAUUAAUAAAAUAUCCUGAGAAAUCAUUUACAGAUGAAAAUUCUAUGAAAUCAAACAACAUGACUUUACCAUUAUUUUCUACAGCAGGUGGUAAACCUAUCAGUAUCUCAGAAAAAUCACUGGCUAAAGCAAAAAUGUUAUUAGCAAGUGAAUCAGAAAAAGAAAAUGACAUAUUAAUAAAAUGUCCUGAGAAAUCAUUUACAGAUGAAAAUUCUAUGAAAUCAAACAACAUGACUUUACCAUUAUUUUCCACAUCUGGUGAUAAACCUAUUAGUAUCUCAGAAAAAUCACUAACUAAAGCAAAAAUAUUAUUAGAGGAUGAUUUAGAAAAAGAAAAUGAUAUAUUAAUAAAAUAUCCUGAGAAAUCACUUACAGAUGCAAGUUCUGUGAAACCAAACAAUAUAACUUUACCAUUAUUUUCUACAGCAGGUGGUAAACCUAUCAGUAUCUCAGAAAAAUCACUAACCAAAGCAAAAAUGUUUUUAGCAGAUGAAUCAGAAAAAGAAAAUGACAAAUUAAUAAAAUAUCCAGAGACUUCAUCUACAGAUGAAUAUUCUAUGAAACCAAACGUGACUUUACCAUUAUUUUCCACGGCUGGCGGUAAACCUAUCAAUAUCUCAGAAAAAUCACUGGCUAAAGCAAAAAUGUUAUUAGAGGAUGAUUUAGAAAAAGAAAAUGACGUAUUAAUAAAAUGUCCUGAGAAAUCAUUUACAGAUGGAAAUUCUAUGAAAUCAAAUAAUAUGACUUUACCAUUAUUUUCCACAGCUGGUGGUAAAUCUAUCAGUAUCUCAGAAAAAUCAUUGGCUAAAGCUAAAAUAUUAUUUUCAGAACAAUUAGAUACUACUAUUGAACAGAUCAAACAAUGCGACAUACAUACUUCAAAUAUUAGUUCUUGCACUGCUUCUGAUGAAAAGAUUAAAAGAUGCGAUUUAAAAACUUCAUAUGGUAAACUUUAUUUGGAAAGCGAUCAAGAGAUAACAGUUUCGAAUAAUAUUCUAUUAAAAUCACAAACAUUCUUCUUUAACAAGCAUCCAGAUGAUAAUAGCUCUGAUUUGAGGUGUACAUCAUUGCAAAAGCGCAACAGUGAUUCCGACGACAUACUCUUGGGCAGGAACUGCCCUUCUGAAUCAAAAAAAGCUCGUAUCAGUAAUGAAUUUCAAGCUAGAAAAUUAUUUUCCGACAAUCUGGAUAUCGAUACGAAUAAUGACAAGAACCAAAAUCCAAACGAGAAAAAGCAAGCUGAUUUAAUUAUAAAUUCUGCCUUAAGAUCGCCUGAAAGAAAUGCUGUUGAACCAAUCGAAUUGGAUGUGGCGAAUAGUCCUGUUUUAGGAACACGUUCGAGGAAACGGAAAGAUUUAGGACAUCGGAGAAACAAAUAUAGUGCAUUACGAGCGGAUAAAAUAACUCUAGAUAAUGUAGAGAAUGUCGUACACGAAAACGUAUUUUGUAACAAUGAAUUAGAUAUGGAGAUGCAAAAAUCGAUGCAGACGGAGAAACAAAAGGCAGAAAGCAAUACGGAAUGGAACGAGUACGGCGAUACUCAGUUAAUGAUGUAUUUCGUCGACGAAUCAGCGAGGAUACUGCAGGAUCGCUUGAUGGCCGCGUUCGAUCAAGAGAAGAUAAUCACCACGAAAAGGAGACGCGGAUCGAAGCAAUCGAUCGGCCAUCUGUAUCGUUACAAGCAAGAUAAUUCUAACGCUCGUUUAUCGUUGAGAGAACUCAGCAAAGGCGCGCCGCCUGUGCCACUCUCGUAUCAGGAACUCGUCGAUCGACAAAUAUCGCCGAAUAUUCUGGCGAUCACCGCCGCGGCAGCUGCGUCGUACACAUUCCGAUGCUCUGAUUUCUACGGGAACGAAGUGGCGCGGACUAACGUUCGCGGAAUAGAAAUGGAAGACGAGGUGCGUCUGAUUCUGGAUGAGAACGGUUACGCGGGAAUUUGGGAGUUUCUCCGCGCUUUCCUCGCAAGUCCGGGCGUAAAUCCAAAUCUCGUUCCCGCACGCUGGGUCGAGAACCAUUACCGGUGGAUUGUAUGGAAAUUGGCAUCGAUGGAUAGAAUGAAAUUCGGCUCAGCCGAGUUACCUAGGGCAUUAACACCUUCGCACGUGAUGGCGCAAUUAAAGUAUCGAUACGAUCGAGAGAUUGAUCAGUUUCAACGAUCGGCAAUAAGACGUAUCUUGGAAAAAGACGACGUCGCGUCUAAGAGAAUGAUUUUAUGCGUGUCAUCUAUAGUAGAAAAUAAUAAUGUAAACACGGAGAUAGGGAAGAGUCCGCGCGUAGGAGUACCAAAGUGGAGAAUAGAAUUAACCGAUGGCUGGUACAGUAUACCUAUUUGUAUCGAUAUAGGAUUGGUGAAGAGCAUAUCGACUGGCAAAAUAAGAGAAGGCACGAAAUUGGUAGUGUCCGGUGCGGAAUUAUUAAAUUGCGAUCAAGGUUUCUAUCCACUGGAGGCACCGGCUACCGUAUGCUUAAAAUUGCACACAAAUUCAACCAGGCGCGCACGAUGGUACGCGAAAUUAGGAUACGCGCCACGUUCGGGACCGAUACCCAUCAAGUUAUGUAAUGUAUGUCCGAGCGGCGGUUUAAUCGGCAAAAUGACAAUUAUUGCCGCUAGGGUGUAUCCGACGUUAUAUCACGAGAAAACCGCAUCCGGAGAUUCGGUUGUUCGAAACGCUAAGUGCGAGGAAAAAGUGCAAAGCACGUACGAACAGCAAUGUUUGUCCAAGAUAGAGACAUUUUAUGCUAACGUGGAGAAAGAUUUUCAAGAAGGACUCACUCGAGAAACUGAAGAUUACGAAAGCUCGUCUACGAAGGAAUCCGUCUCGAAGAAACGACGCAGCGAAGAAUUAUUGCAAGAAUUACACCAGAAAAAGGAGAGAUUCAUGCAAGACGUACAAUCAAAAUUGCGCCAAAAUUUGCCGAGGCCGCGACAAGUUUCUCAGUUGCUUAAAGUUCGCGUAUGCGACGAGAAUGUAAACGCGAUUUUAUCAAUCUGGUCGCCCAGCGAAGAAGUUGUGAGUGCUCUCAAAGAAGGAGCGUGUGUCUCGCUCUAUAACGUCGUCGCUUCUGGAAAGAGAGGAACCGAAUUGCAACUCACCGCGCGCCGGUCCUCAAUUUUUAAACCGGUAAAGAUGCACGCUAUGUCAUAUCCUGUUAGAGUAUGCACAUCUUUUUGCGAAAUGGCCAAUUUCGAAUUUGUUCCACCUUACGGAGAAUUCGACACGGUUGGUUUUGUCUGUUUCGUCGGUCCUGCCCCUUAUGGCAUGAAAGAUUUCGAAGUCGCACAUUUAGCGUAUCCGAAAACGGAUUCGAACGAUUCCUCGUACCUCUCGAUAUUGUUUUGGCAAGGCGUAGCUAGUUAUGGCUACACAGAGAUUCUUACUGUCGGAUCUAUUGUGGCAUGUAGUAAUUUAGAGUGGCGAAGAGCAACUUCAUGGAAUAUCCCAGCGGCGUAUUGCACGGACAGAACAAUUUUUACAUGUAAUCCUCGCCGAAAUCAUCUAUACGAAUCCUUUGAAAAUUUGCAAAAUCUGAUCACGGAUCCAGUUAAGUAUGCUGAAAGAUGUAGUUCCACGCUUAAUAUGGAAUUGCAAAAGAAAUCAACACCGACGCAUUAUAUAGCGGGUAAAAAUACUCCGAUUAAAAUAUGCAAUUCGAUCACACCAAACAUGGAGAAGAGAUUAGUCGACUAUACGUCGCCGUUGGUGGCACCGAAAUUAGGAGCCGGCAGUAACUCGAGUUUUAUCGCAUCUAAUCCUUCGAUCCAGAGACGACUCGAGAAACUUCAAUAUUAUGGCGAAGCACCCGAAUUAUCUCCUCUUAUACUCAGAAAAUCCAAAAGGGUUUCUUUGAAUUUCCAAUCGCCCGUUCGCACCUCGAUGAAGGAUACAUCGAGUACUAAAGAAUCCGAAAAUCAAAGUUCAUCCGAUGCAUCAAAAAAACAAUGAUGUAAUCACAAUUUACACAUUUGUUUUCAUUCUAGUUAUAAGUGAAAGUAUUGUAAAAAUUUGUUAAUUAUUAUAUAAAUAUAAACUAUUUCGUUUUUACAUA